GGGGGAUCUCCACUCCCUGGCUGGAGGCGCUGCUGAGGCCGCCUGUCCACCCAUCAGUCCGGCCCGCCCUCCCGCAGCCAUGUCCCGGCCCCUGUCAGACCAGGAGAAGAGAAAGCAAAUCAGCGUGCGUGGCCUGGCCGGCGUGGAGAAUGUGGCCGAACUCAAGAAGAACUUCAACCGGCACCUCCAUUUCACACUCGUGAAGGACCGCAAUGUGGCCACCCCGAGGGACUACUACUUCGCGCUGGCCCACACCGUGCGCGACCACCUCGUGGGCCGCUGGAUCCGCACGCAGCAGCACUACUACGAGAAGGACCCCAAGAGGAUCUACUACCUGUCUCUGGAGUUCUACAUGGGACGGACACUACAAAACACCAUGGUGAACCUGGCCUUGGAGAAUGCUUGUGAUGAGGCUACCUACCAGCUGGGCCUGGACAUGGAGGAGCUGGAGGAGAUCGAGGAGGAUGCGGGGCUGGGCAACGGGGGCCUGGGUCGGCUGGCCGCCUGCUUUCUGGACUCCAUGGCAACACUGGGCCUGGCUGCCUAUGGCUAUGGGAUCCGCUAUGAAUUUGGGAUUUUUAACCAGAAGAUCUGCGGGGGCUGGCAGAUGGAGGAGGCUGAUGACUGGCUUCGCUAUGGAAACCCCUGGGAGAAGGGCCGCCCCGAGUUCGUGCUGCCAGUGAACUUCUAUGGCCGAGUGGAGCACACCAGCCAGGGGGCCAAGUGGGUGGACACACAGGUGGUGCUGGCCAUGCCCUACGACACUCCAGUACCUGGCUAUCGCAACAACAUCGUCAACACCAUGCGCCUGUGGUCGGCCAAGGCCCCCAGUGACUUCAACCUCAAGGACUUCAACAUUGGUGGCUACAUCCAAGCUGUGCUGGAUCGAAACCUUGCUGAGAACAUCUCACGUGUCCUGUACCCCAAUGACAACUUCUUUGAGGGGAAGGAGCUGCGUCUGAAGCAGGAGUACUUUGUAGUGGCCGCCACCCUCCAGGACAUCAUCCGCCGCUUCAAGUCCUCCAAGUUUGGUAGCUGCGACCCUGUGCGCACGAGUUUCGAUGCCUUUCCGGAUAAGGUGGCCAUCCAGCUAAAUGAUACCCACCCCUCCUUGGCCAUCCCUGAGCUGAUGAGGAUCCUGGUGGACCUGGAGCAGCUGGACUGGGACAAGGCCUGGGACGUGACGGUCAGGACCUGCGCCUACACCAACCACACUGUGCUGCCCGAGGCCCUGGAGCGCUGGCCCGUGCAUCUUAUUGAGACGCUGCUGCCCCGCCACCUCCAGAUCAUCUAUGAGAUCAACCAGCGCUUCCUGAAUGUGAGCCGAGGAGGCCAGGGCUGGGGGCGUGGGCUGGGGAAGGCUGCUCGCAGUAGCGGCGAGCUCAGCUUCAGCCUGCGCACCAACGCCACGCGCGCGCUGCUGCUCUACCUGGACGACGGUGGCGACUGCGACUUCCUGGAGCUGCUGCUGGUGGACGGGCGCCUGCGGCUGCGCUUCACGCUCUCGUGCGCCGAGCCGGCCACGCUGCAGCUGGACACGCCGGUGGCCGACGACCGCUGGCACAUGGUGCUGCUGACCCGCGAUGCGCGCCGCACAGCGCUGGCGGUGGACGGCGAGGCCCGCGCGGCCGAGGUGCGCUCGAAGCGGCGUGAGAUGCAGGUGGCCAGUGACCUGUUCGUGGGCGGCAUCCCGCCCGACGUGCGCCUCUCGGCGCUCACACUCAGCACCGUCAAGUACGAGCCGCCCUUCCGCGGCCUCCUGGCCAACCUGAAGCUGGGCGAGCGGCCCCCCGCGCUCCUGGGCAGCCAGGGCCUGCGCGGCGCCGCCGCCGACCCACUGUGCGCGCCCGCGCGCAAUCCCUGUGCCAACGGCGGCCUCUGCACCGUGCUGGCCCCCGGCGAGGUGGGCUGCGACUGCAGCCACACGGGCUUCGGCGGCAAGUUCUGCAGCGAAG